CAGCAGGGCGCCCGGCCCCGCGUCUGCCCUCCGGGCAGGGAAGGAGAAGCGGCGGAGGAAGAUGCAUCUUGCAAUGCCGGGCGGGUUCUGUGGGGCUUCCUGUUCCUCUUUAGGCCUUCAGGCUCGCGAAGGGCGCCUGGGCGACUUCAGGGGCCGCGGAAGAGCGCGAGGGCGGCGGCGGGAGCGGAGCAGGCUGCAGGACGACACCCCGGCCGGCGAUGGGCUUCGGCCUGGCGCUCGGCUGCCCCGAGGGCCACAGCGCCCUGCUGCAGCUGCAGGAAACGGAGGUGCGCCUGCUGGAGGGCCUGCGCAAGUGGAUGGGGCAGCGGGCCAAGAGCGACCGGGAGUACGCGGCGACGUUGCACCAGAUGCUCUGCCUGGCCGGCAAGCAGGAGGGCGGCCGGCAGCCCUGCCUCGGCGGCCAGAUCGGCCAGUGUUGGUGGUCCCUGGUGACUCAGACAGAGGCCCUGAGCCAAGCUCUGCAACGCCAUGCUGAAGCCCUGGUUGCUGGCCCCCUAAAUACGCUGGCCCUGCUAAUCCAAGAGAAGCAGCAGCUGCACCGGUGCUACGGCGAGCAGUGGCAGCAGAUGAACCAGGAUUUCAUCCGGACCACUCAGCAAGAGCCCGAGCGCUUGAAAGCCCAGUACCGCAGCCACGUCCAUGAGUGUGCCCAGGCCAAGCGCAGAUACCAAGAGGCCAGCAAAGAAAAGGAACGAGAGAAGGCCAAAGACAAGUAUGUCCGGUCCCUCUGGAAGCUCUACUCCCUGCACAACCAGUACGUCCUGGCCCUGAGAGCUGCGGAGGUACAGCACACCCUCCACUAUCAGCAGAUCCUGCCUGGCCUCCUCCAGUCCCUGCAUGGCCUUUUGCAAGAGAUGGCCCAGAUCACAAAGGCAACCCUGCAAGAAUAUGCCAGCAUCACAAGCCUGGUGCAGGAGGAGAUGGUGGCUGUGCACCAGGCAAUGGGCAGGGCCAUUGAGCGCAUCCAGCCUGCCACCAAUUAUGAAGAGUUCCUCCCACCAUGCAGGUGUGAGCAGGAGAUGCCAGCCAAGGUGACCUUUGAUAAGAGUUUGCUGGAGGAGGCUGAGACCGAGGGCCUUCAAGUGGGACAGCUCCAGCUGAAUGAACUCACCCUGGAAAGCCUGCAACAUACACUCACCUCCCUGGAGGAGGAGUUGGUCAGCGCCACGGAGAGUGUUGAAGGCCAUCGCCAGCGCAUCCAGAUUCUGGAAGCUGAAAUCCAGAACAACGAAACGGCUGGAAGCCCAGGGAAACGCGUCCUCCUCCUGGGAAGGCAGAAGUCCCUGCAUGAAGCUUACCACUUUUUCCAGCUUGCUCUGGGCACUCAAGAAAAGCUUAAGGCCCAAAGGGAUUUGCUGCAGCAUAAGCUGGAUGAGCUAGGAUCCCUUGACCCGCCACCUGCCCCGGAUCUACAGGGUGACAGGCAGUCGCUGUCUUCUGGGGAGCAGGAACCGGAACGAGAUUGGGGCCGAACACCAGCAGCUUUGGAGGCCCUGAAGCAUCACUUCUCGGGCAUUUUCCGUCCACGUUCCUCUCCGCCACCCUCUCUGCCUCUGCUCCCUGAGGUGCAGAAGCCCCUUGGACAGCAGGCCUGGUACCAUGGCGCCAUUCCCCGCAUGGAGGUGCAGAAGCUGCUGCAGACCAGUGGUGACUUCUUGGUGCGUGAGAGCCAAGGCAAGCAGGAGUAUGUCCUCUCGGUGCUGUGGGAAGGGCAGCUCCGGCACUUCAUCCUGCAGGCUGCUGAUAACCUGUACCGCUUGGAAGGCGAGGCUUUCCCUACCAUUCCACUGCUGGUUGACCAUUUCCUGAAGUCCAGGCAGCCCCUCACGAAGAAAAGCGGCAUUGUGCUGGCCAAGCCCAUCCCCAAGGACAAGUGGGUGUUGGACCACGAGGAUGUCCUGCUUGGGGAGCGCAUUGGGCAGGGCAAUUUUGGAGAAGUCUUCAGUGGAUUCUUGCGCUGCAGUAACAGUCCAGUGGCAGUGAAAUCCUGCCGCGAAACCCUUCCAAAUGAGCUCAAGGCCAGGUUUCUGCAGGAGGCUGGGAUCCUGAAGCAGUACAGUCACCCCAAUAUUGUCCGACUCAUUGGAGUCUGUACCCAGAAGCAGCCAAUUUACAUUGUCAUGGAGCUUGUAAAGGGGGGGGACUUCCUGACCUUCCUGCGCAAUGAGAGGGCUCCGCUCAGAGUCAAGGAGCUGCUGAAGAUGGUGGAGGAUGCUGCAGCAGGGAUGGAGUAUUUGGCCAGCAAGCACUGCAUCCACCGAGAUCUGGCAGCACGAAACUGUCUGGUGACGGAGAAUAACACUCUGAAGAUCAGCGACUUUGGGAUGUCACGGGAACAGGUGGAUGGCAUUUACUCCUCUACAGGUGGAAUGAAGCAAAUCCCUGUGAAGUGGACUGCUCCGGAGGCGCUCAGUUACGGUCGGUAUUCCUCGGAAAGUGAUGUCUGGAGCUUUGGGAUCCUGCUCUGGGAAGCUUUCAGUCUGGGUGCCACACCAUAUGCCAAUAUGAGCAACCAGCAGACCCGCGAAGCUGUGGAGAAGGGUACUCGCCUGAGCGCUCCAGACGAAUGUCCGGAGGAAGUGUACCGGCUCAUGUUGAAGUGCUGGGAAUACGAACCACGGAAACGGCCAGACUUCACUACCGUACUCCAAGCCCUGACUGGAAUUCGGAAGAAGCAACGGUGAGAACACCGGCUCCAGGGUAUCUGCGUGGACCCUUCUCAAGCCCUGUGCUGUGCUAAGUACCAGACCGUGGGCAUUUCUUCUCCUGGCAUAUCUGUCUAGUCACACAGGCCAUUUCCCAAUCAGGUCAACUGCCAAGCACUCAGCUGUGGCGGCCAGAAGAGACCCAAAGCCGUCUUUAAAGUCAUUUGUAUUUUCUCUGAAGUUGAAAAUAAUAAUUAUAUUGUUCAGAUUAUAUCCUCAAAAAAUGCACGCCUGAUUAAAAACGGAACCUAUGUUCACCUCAAAUAAGAAUAUGAAGCUACACAAGAAGGAAUUUAAGGAGCAAAAGGAGUAGUAUUUUAUAAACACUUAACUGUGAUGGGG